AUGAGUCUUAUCAAAGAUUCCAAGAUCUCGGUUGAGGACCCUUCUGAUUGGUCCGGAACCAUGAUGCCAUCAGUUUCCACACUUGAUUCAAUGCUCAGAUGUCAAAUAUGCAAAGGCUUUCUUAGGGCUCCGGUUGUUACCUCUUGCGGACAUAUCUUUUGCUCAAUAUGCAUCAGAGAAGCUCUUACUACAAAGGGCAAGUGUCCGUUAUGCCAGGAAGAAAUCUUUGAGAGCGGAUUACGGAAAGUUUUGCUUUUAGAUGGAGUUGUGGACUGCAAUCUCAAGAAGGCAGAAGUUAUAUCUGACAGCCAGGAAGAAUCCUCUGAAAGGGUUCUGCCGAGUGGAAAAAGCAGCAAUGUGAUUGACUUGACAAAAGACUCUUCAUUCAAUAUCGCAGCAAGCAAUUACGGAAAAUCAACGGUAGAGCAACAAACGCUCGAUAUUAGCCAUAUCUCCAAGCGGAGUACACAACAAGUAUAUACAGCAUCUACUCAUGAAACAAGUCCCGAUGCCGAUAUGCUUGUCCAAUGUCCAGUUUGCUCCAAGUACAUGACGAUUGAAAAACUUCAAGGGUCGCACAUUGACAAAUGUCUUAGUGGACAAAGCGACAAGGACCACAAACCACAAAGUUCACCGAGGAAAGGCAGCAAUAAAGGAACAGGAUUACAUUUGCGAAGUGACUUUGAGAUUAGCAGGCUGCUGCAUAGUAAAAAGAGAAAGCACGAAAAUGGAUCGUUUCAACUACAGCCAGAAAUACAGAAGAAGAAGCAGCGAAUUCCAAACUUGGACGUCAUGAUACCGACAAACAGGCUUCGGGAGAAGCUGAAUUUAUAUGGGUUGAGCACCGGCGGACCCAGACAAAAGCUGGAGGCCAGAAUGAAGCAGUAUAUAAAUCUCUACAAUGCGAACUUGGACGCUUUGCAUCCGGUGGAUGACAGAGUGCUAAUUGGCAGAUUAAGCCGGUGGGAAUCGCUGGUAGAGAUAAGUGAGAGGCAGGAUGAUAAGGCGAGGGAUAACGGGAAGAGUAAUUCGACUGAGGCGAUACAGAAUGCAAAGCAGAAUGCACACAGUUGGAAGGUCAAGUACAGAAGCAGUUAUAAGGAGUUGAUCGAGCGGGCCAAGGCGAGCGUUACCAAGUUGAGUAAAGACGGAGCAGCUGAUAAUAAUACAUUAAGUGCAGAGAAGGGCGGUGAUGAAGAAGCAAAGAGAGAAGCGUAG